AUGGAUCAGGUCACUUCUGGAGAGGCCGCCAAGGCUGUCCAAGAGAUGACAGCACCUUACGCAGCACAGGAUUCUCAUGAGACUGCCGAGCUGCUACAUGCCCUCGAGGAGGCCACCCGGUCCAAGCGCAAGGCCGGCUUCAGCAUCAAGAAGACGCGAUUUGAGGUCAAGAACUCCCCCAGCCAGCUGAGCGUCGACUCCUGGCGGAUGCAGGACUGGGAUUACAAGCGCCCUGAUCUACCCACAUACGCCCGCGGCCUCUUCACCAGCCGUGGCAAGCACGGCACCCCCGAGAUCGUCGUCCGUGGCUACGACAAGUUCUUCAACGUCAACGAGGUCAACGAGACCAAGUGGGAGAACAUCGAGUACCGGACCAAGGGUCCCUACGAGCUGACGCUCAAAGAGAACGGCUGCAUCAUCUUUGUGAGCGGCCUGGAGGACGACACGUUACUUGUCUGCAGCAAGCAUUCUACAGGUGACCGCAGCGAUGUCGACGUCAGCCAUGCCAGCGCAGGCGAGAGGCGGCUGGAGGCGCAGCUGCAGAGAAUCGGCAGGACGAAGCGGGACCUCGCGCGGGAGCUGCGGAAGAGGAAUGUCACGGCAGUGGCAGAGCUGUGUGAUGAUUCCUUCGAGGAGCACAUCCUGGCCUACACCCCUGACAAGGCCGGCCUCUACCUUCACGGCAUGAAUUUGAACCUGCCGCACUUCGCGACUUACCCCAGCUCUCUGGUCCAGCAGUUUGCGGACGAAUGGGGCUUCCUCAAGACUGGCCUGACAGUUAUGGACGACAUCACGACGGUCCGGAAGUUCCUGGAGGAGGUGGCCGAGACGGGAGCGCACGAGGGCCGGGACGUCGAAGGCUUCGUUAUCCGAUGCAGGAUGUCUCCCAAGCCCGGCACCCACCCAUACCAGGAUUGGUUCUUCAAGUACAAGUUCGAGGAGCCCUACCUCAUGUACCGCCAGUGGCGCGAGUGCACCAAGGCCCUGAUCGCCGGCAAGCCGCCGCGGUACAAGAAGCACGCCAAGAUCACGGAGGAGUACAUGCUGUACGCCCGCAAGCGCCUGGCGGCGGACCCCAGGCUCGGCAAGCUGUACAACCAGAACCACGGCAUCAUCGCGCUGCGGGAAGACUUCCUUGCGUUCAAGAACCUCAAGGGCAGCGACGCGGCGGCCUUUGAGGAGCUGCACGGCAACGACGGCACGGGCGGCAAGACCGAGGUGGGCAAGGACGUCAUCCUCGUCCCCAUCGCCACCAUCGGCUGCGGCAAGACCACCGUCGGCCUCGGCCUCGUCCACCUCUUCGAUUUCGGCCACGUCCAGAACGACAACAUCACGGGCUCCAAGCGGCCGCCGCGCUUCACGCGCGCCGUGCUCGACCAGCUGCGCGACCACCGCGCCGUCGUGGCCGACCGCAACAACGCGCAGCGGCACGAGCGCAAGCAGAUCAUCACCGACGUCAAGCAGCAGCACAUGUCGGCGCGCCUCGUGGCGCUCAACUUUGUGCACGACGACAUCGAGACGAUCCGGCGCGUGACGCACGAGCGCAUCUUUGCCCGCGGCGACAACCACCAGACCAUCCACGCGGCGUCGGAGCAGGGCAAGGUCGUGGGCAUCAUGGAGGGGUUCAUCAACCGCUUCGAGCCGCUCGACACGGACCGCGCGCCGGACGACGGCUUCGACGCCGUCAUCGACCUCGACCCCACGGCGGGAAGCAGGACGAACCUCGAGACGGUGGUGCGGGAGCUGCACCGCAUAUACCCGAGCCUCGUGCCCGAGGUGCCCUCGGCCGAGGACAUGGACGCGGCGAUCAAGUCGGCCAUCGAGGAGUACAGCCCGGACCUGCACCACAAGAUCCCCGACCGGAGCAAGAAGGGCGGUAAGGAGGCUCAGCAGCCGCAGGCCAAGAAGGCAAAGGAGAAGCAGCUCGAGUACAUGGCCGUCGACGUGCCGGCCAAGGACGUCACGGCGCUCAUCGAGAAGACGCUCAGGGGCGCCGCGCCGGAGCAGGCGCGCUUCUACCGCCAGCUGCAGCAGACGCGGCGCGUGCAGGCGCGCUUCCACGUCACGCUGAUGCACCGCGCGUCGGCCAAGGAGCACCCGCAGCUGUGGGAGCGGUACGUGGCGCUGAGCAAGGGCACCAGCACCGGCACCGAGGGCGAGGCCAAGGCGGUCCAGACGCUCGGCGGCGCCGAGCUGGGGCCCUGCGACGUCCAGCUCGAGCGCCUCGUGUGCGACGACCGGGUCAUGGCCCUCGUCGCGCGCGUGCUCGACGAGAACUGGACGUGCGUGAACCGCGUGGCGCACGUCACGGUCGGCACGCGCGACGACGGCGUCAAGCCCCGCGAGAGCAACGACCUGCUGGCGCGCUGGCUCGACGAGGGCGCCCCCUCUGCGGACAGCGGGAUCGUGGACCUGGGCAUCGAGGGCCGGCCUGUGGUCAGGGGCACUGUCAGGGGUGUUCUGUCGAGAUGA